AUGGAAACCUGGUUUCUGAUCCUAGUUUCUUUCUGUUUCUGUGUGCUUAUCAGGGCCAUCCUCUGCCUUUAUUCAUCCACCACCAAUACCAACAGCAACAAAAACAAAAGCAUCAAAAUCCCACCAGGACCUCCGUUCAUCCCCAUCAUCACAACCAUCUUAUGGCUACGAAAACUCUCAAAUCUUGAGCAAGUUCUUCGAGGCCUCCACGCCAAAUAUGGUCCCAUCAUCAGUAUCCGAGUUGUCUCCCGUCCAUCCAUAUUCAUCCGCGAUCGAACCCUCGCCCACCACGCCUUAAUCCAAAACGGUUCUCACUUCUCCGACCGCCCCAAACCUCUUCCCACAGUAAAAGUCUUCACCAGCGAAAAACAUAACUUCAGCACCGCCUCCUACGGCCCCACAUGGCGCAUCCUCCGCCGCAACCUCACCUCCGAGAUACUUCACCACUCUCGGGUCAAAUCCUUUUCCUGUGCCCGCAAGUGGGUCCUGGAAACCCUCCUCGCGCUAUUGAAAUCCGAUUCGGAAUCAAACGAUUCUAUACGGGUCAAGGACCACUUUCAAUAUGCCAUGUUCUGCUUGCUUGUGUUAAUGUGUUUCGGUGAAAGAGUUGACGAUAAGAAAGUCAAAGACGUCGAGCGUGUCCAGCGCAAACUGCUUCUCAACCUUCAUAGAUUCAACAUGCUAAAUGUGUGGCCAAAACUCACUGCGAUUUUGUUCCGCAAACGUUGGGAGGAGUUGUUGCGACUUCGUAAGGAGCAAGAAGAUGUGUUCGUUCCGCUGAUACGAGCGAGGAAGCAAGCUAAGGAGGGUAAAGUAAGCGAUGACGUAAACGCUGUCGUUUCGUACGUGGAUACUUUGUUGGAUUUGGAGUUGCCUGAGGAGACACGCAAGUUGAACGAAGGGCAAAUGGUUAGCUUGUGUUCGGAGUUUCUGAACGCGGGAACGGAUAAUACUUCCACUGCAUUGCAAUGGAUUAUGGCGAAUUUGGUGAAGUACCCGCAUGUGCAAGAGAAGCUUGUGGAGGAGAUUAGGGAGCUGGUGGGUGAUAGAGAGGAGAAGGAAGUGAAAGAGGAAGAUUUGGUGAAAAUGGGGUAUCUCAAAGCUGUGAUUUUGGAAGGGUUGAGGCGUCACCCACCGGGGCACUUUUUGUUGCCACAUGCGGUGACUGAGGAUGUUGUUUUCAAAGGUUACUUGGUGCCUAAAAAUGGGACUGUGAAUUUCUUGGUGGCAGAUAUUGGGUGGGACCCAGAGGUUUGGGAAGAUCCUAUGGCGUUCAAACCAGAGAGGUUCUUGAACCAGAACAAGGCUCAAGUUGAGGCGUUUGAUUUAACUGGAAACAAAGAGAUCAAGAUGAUGCCGUUUGGAGCAGGGAGGAGGAUGUGUCCUGGCUAUAAUUUGGCAAUGCUCCAUUUGGAAUACUUUGUUGCCAAUUUGGUUUGGCGUUUUGAUUGGAAGGUUUCGGAAGGAGGUCAUGUUGAUUUGACAGAAAAAAAGGAAUUCACUACGGUCAUGAAAAAUCCAUUGCAUGUUCAUAUUUCUCCAAGGAUCUAGACUC